AUGUGUAAUGGGCAGUUACCUGAUAAUUCUGUUAAUAAAAUAACAGGAAUCGUUAAAAAUGCAGUGACGGACGUUCAAAGUUCUUCCGUAUCGAUAGCGCAAAAUGUUAAAGAUGUAUGUGAAAAGAUUGGCAAUUGUGUGAAACAGAGUGGCACCAAAGUAGUAAACAAAACUGUCACAAUAACAAAAGAAUCACUACAAAAUGGAGCUAUAGUGGUGAACAAAACUAUCACGACAACCAAAGAGACGCUUAAAAAAUUCCCAUUAAAAUCUAUUGAAGAAAUAAUAAAAAAAGCUAAAUGUGUAAUACCCAAGAAUGCAGAUAACAUCCUUAGAGCUGUAUUACUUCAGCAAUGUAUUUCACCCAGUCUUGGCUUUGGGAACGAAUCUAGAUGUUUUGAYGAACUUGGUUGUUUCCCAAUGGAUCAACCUUGGUUAUCAAAUUUAAGACCAUUUCCACAACCUAUGACGCCUGAAGAGGUAGAAGUAAAAAUUUAUUCAUAUACUAGAAAUCAAAAUUCUCGAUACACUGUACAAUUAUGGCCGAAUAUUGUAUUAGAAGAAUCGGACUUCGAUCCUAAUAGGCCAUUCACUGUAUUUAUAGUACAUGGAUUUAAUAGCGAUGGGGAAAAUCAAUGGAUGUCUAGUCUUAAAGAUGCAUAUUUAAAACAACGUGAUGCAAAUAUUUUCCUAGUUGAUUGGGGAAAAGGAUCAAAGCAUUUUAAUUAUUUACAAGUAGCUUCAAACACAAGGAUAGUCGGCGCAGAAUUAAUUAGAUGUUCAGUACUAGGGACUUGGGUUGCUUGCUCACACGGAAGAUCRUUUUCAUAUUUCAUAGAAUCAUUGGAAGACAAUUGUACAUUCUGGGCUCAAAAAAUAAAAGUAUUUUCUGCUCUUACAAAUGCUGUAACUGUCGGCCAACUUCAGCCUCUUCUGAUGAAUAUUGACAAAUGUAAAUUUAAUGAAUGCGUACCAUUAGGUUUAAAUACUGAUCAAUAUCCAGGAAGAGGUGUUUUUAUUGCAGGAACUGCAUUUUUUGAACCAUAUUGUAAGAGCAAUUUGGAAACAGAUCGGAUUAUGCGGAUGGCAUUUAAAACGAUGAAAUGAAAAAUGGAAUACAUCAUAUAACAUAGGCAGGUAAAUAAGUCAAAUUUCAAACGAAUUAAUAAUUAUACUAUAC